AUGGAGUUAUUCCUCGCCUACAAGUCCGCGAGAGCCCUCUCUAGGCCUUCCCGGGUCUCCUCCGCGGACGCGAUCCGCGGCGCCGGGAGGGAGGAAGGACGAAGCAACAAAUUUCGCCUCACCAGGCCGCCUCAGGACUCACCCAGGAGCGACUGUGCGCGGACCUCGUCUUCCAGCGAGGGAGAGUCCGCGCAGUCCCCUGCAGCAGACCACUGUCGCAGGAGAAACGACAAACACCUCGCUAGGGAACAAGAGACUGCAGAAUCGGAGAAGAGAGAGGACGAGCUGUGCUUUCCGGCCGUCAGAUUCGUUGCGUCUGGAAAGGAUGACCACGUGAAAAAGACAGGAGCUGCCUCGGCUCGCGUAGGUGAGGCGGAUGAUGGAAACCAAUGCUCUGCGUGGCCUCUCACCAGGGUUGCAGACGCCGACUCGCUCUUAAGUUCGCCAGCUAGCCGCUGCGUACUGGAGGCGGCGGCGUGUCCACCCGGGCGCUCAGAGCGCUCGGCUCCGCGCCGCAGCGCGUCUGCAGCCUCCACUCCCUCGCAGACAGUUGGUUCGCGUCUGGGACUGCGCGGAGGGGCACUGAAGGCGCCGACGGUGGAGGAAGCCUCGCCGACAGCAUUCGACUGGUCGCCCGCUAGGUUGCUGUCGCCUCUCUGCUGGCGAAGCCGCCAGGGGGGCAAAGGCCAUGGAGCGGGAAUGGCAGCACUGGGAGAUGGCAGCCGUCGCGAUCUCUCGCGCCACCCACGCCUCGAACUCGACAAAAUCUUCCUAGUCCCGCAGCCCCUUAAGAGUCCUCUGAAAACGCCUGCCCCGAAAUCGCGGUGCGACAAACCGAGGACGCGGGUCUGCAAGGUCACCAGUCCUCUGACCACCUGUCUCUCUAUCGAGGCAGCUGCAGCCUCGCCUGCGCCGACCUUGACAGGCGCCGCUGCAUGUGCGCCGUCUGAGGCCGAGGGGUCGACGGCAGCCGCACCUUCGCAGGGCAUGCGAUCCUUCGGUGCCGCAUGCAGUCCGCGAGUAGCUUCACGCAGAGCCGUUUUUCCGAGCUGUCUGUCGCCGAGCUCGACUUCGCGUCGCAUCGCGCUGUCUGACACACCGAAUCCGUAUUUCGUGUUCAAUCCCGAUCUAUUCGACGACGCCGCAGUCUGGACGGCCCCGCGGCUCGAGCGCCUGCGCAGGGCUCUCGGCCUCAACCCCCCCACAGAACGAGGCAGGCGCACCUCGAGUCGGGGCGAGCUCGUGCGCUGUCUGAAAGCCUUUCACCGGCGACGCGAGUCCGCAGAACGCACAGAGGCCGGCUGUGACGUCGAGAGGCGCUCUUUGAGCGAGGCGGAUCUGCGUCUCUGCGAAGCAGCUUCUCAAGACGAAAGCAACUUCUUCCUCGUCCCUGUGGACGCUGUGGACGUUCCCCCAGAGUGCGUGCGCGCGGUGUCGGGGACGCCUGUGGAGCCAGGCGAGCCCAGAAAGUGUCGCUCGAUUCUGAAGACUUGCCCUUCGCGGCAUGUGUGCUGCGGCGUUGAAGGCGCGUCCGCGAGGGUGGCGCGAGAGUCGCGGAGACCCCAGAGUCUCUGCGCAAGUGCUGGAGACCAGCGGAGAGGAAAAACGAGGAAACGGAGUUCGACGCUUGCGGUGGGAAAGGAAACAGAGAGACUGCUGUCUAGCAAGCGGAUCAGAUUUAGCGCAUUCAAUAGCGUCCAGCUCAUCGACCCGAGGUCGGACGAACCGCAGGGUAAAGUUGAUGCGCCGUCUCCGUCCGACUCCCUGUCUCGCCGCGAUUUCGAUACACCCGCAGGUCUCUGGGUAACUCGGGCAGAGCGACUGAAUGCUUGUAACACAGAACGCAAAACGAACACGCCGAAUGCGCUGUCCUCUGCCGUUCCAUGCAGCAACACUACCAAGAAUACUCCGUAUACAUAG